CCGAUAUUCCUCGAAGGUAUCAAAUUUGCUAAACUCUUCCCAAAGCCCAUCAUGACCGUCGAACACCAACCAUGCCCGGAACCGGUGCUGUUUCCGAACGGUGGUUGGGACGUCCACCACCACAUAUUCGAGCCGGCAAAAUUCGCCUACGCUCCUGACAGACAUCUCACUCCACCGCCCGCGACCGUCGAGCAAUUUCUCGCCUUUAAAAACAAAAUUGGGAUCACCAAUUCGGUUCUCACGCAUGGUUUAUCAUAUGGGUCAGACUGUACAUCUCUCAAAACAUUUGUCCGCGAAUUAGGGGAGUCGGGAACGAGGGGUAUUGGAGUCAUUGACCCAGAGACGACAACACCAGAGGAGCUCCAGGAUAUGCACGCAAGGGGCAUCCGAGGUAUUCGAGUCAACUUGUACCAAUACCAGGCAAUGCACGAUGUGGAACGGCAGAAACAAGCUUUGCGUGCCCACAUCAGAGCUAUUAAGCCACACUGUCCAGGAUGGAGUAUAGCAUUCACUCACGUGCAUCCCGAGUUCUGGGGUGAGCUAAAGCCUAUCAUCGAGGAGGAGAUGGGGUCCUCCAGCCUUCAUCUGGUCACUGAUCACUUUGCAUUGCUCAAGGCCGCUAGUAUGCUGCCUGCAGAGUACGAGGGAGAUAUCACUCGACAGCCCGGGUUUACGGAAAUCAUGGAUCUGGUCCGUUCUGGACUUCUAUACGUGAAACUUAGCGCGCCAUACCGCGUGAGUCAUGAAGCACCGUGGUAUGCAGACGUGAAGCCACUGGUGCGCGCUUAUGUGGAUGCCAACCCGCGACAGAUUCUUUGGGGAAGCGACUGGCCUCAUACCCCGCAUAUGAAGGUUCGUACGCGUGAAGAAGCACUGACAGAGACCCCAUAUCUGGUCAUCGAUGACGCGGAAUGGCUGAAGAGCUUGCGGUCCUGGGUUAGUGCAGAGGAGUGGCAGGCGAUCAUGGUGUCCAACCCCACAAGACUGUAUGACUGGUAAAGCUGC